CGGUUGUGUGGACAGAAAAAAUAUUUGGUAUAAAACCCCAUGUUUAUUCGAGUUCUUAGCAAAGCCGCGAAUCACGGAGACGCAAACACAACUCAAUACAACCACCGAUAAACAAGUACCACUCAACUCAACUCCCUACGAAGAUUAUGGCUUCUAACUCUGAUUGAUUCUAUCUGAUGCUUAUUCAUACAGACACUAGUCUAAGAUGUGGGAUAUUUAGAGUGUCACAGAAGAGAAACCGACUGUUCUCCAUUAGAUCAGAAUGGAGAUUUCCUUGUUUAUCAGCCUCCCUUGACAUUCGUCAUCUCACUAGGAACAGUCAGGUCCAAUUCAUAACAAACGGUUUCAGAUAUUCUAAGUUAUCAGCUCAAGUCAUGGAAACAGCAGGGAGCAAUGUGAUCAUCAAAGAUUACUUGCAAGAGUUGCCUCUUUCAUCUUCAUAUGAAAAUGCAAUGGAGGCACUUUCCUCUCUCAUUACACGUCAAAAACGAGGAGAGAAAUCACAUAUAGGUGGCAGAUAUGGAAAACUUGAAAGGAUGUCUAUGUAUCUUAAGAUAUUAGGUUUGGAGGAGCGUAUAGCUAAGUUAAAGAUCAUCCAUGUUGCUGGAACUAAAGGGAAGGGUUCAACAUGCACAUUCUGUGAGGCUAUCUUACGGCAGUGUGGUUUUCGAACUGGACUCUUCACGUCCCCCCAUUUAAUUGAUGUGAGAGAAAGAAUCCGUAUAAAUGGGUUGGAGAUAACUGAAGACAAAUUUCUACUCUAUUUUUGGGAUUGUUGGAACCUGAUGAAGGAAAAUGUUACAGAUGAUCUGCCAAUGCCUCCACUUUUUCAGUUCCUUACUGUAUUGGCAUUUAAAAUAUUUGUAUGUGAACAGGUAGAUGUUGCUGUUAUUGAAGUUGGUCUUGGAGGAACAAGGGAUUCAACAAAUGUGAUUAAAGAACCUAUUGUCUGUGGCGUUACUUCUUUGGGGAUGGACCACAUGGAGGCAUUGGGCGAUACCCUCAGUAAGAUCGCUUCCCAUAAAGCUGGAAUUUUGAAGUACCCCAGCUUUCUGAAGCAAUGGAUGUUAUUCAGAAUAGGGCCCUGGAGCUGAUGGUCCCCUUGAAAUUAGCAGCACCUCUUGAUAAUAAAAAAUUGAAGGGAGUAAAACUUGGUUUGUCUGGUGAUCACCAGUUGAUUAAUGCGGGUCUUGCUGUUUCCCUCUGUACAUGCUGGCUUCAAAGAACAGGAAAC